CUCUAUUCAAACAAAGAGUUCAAUUCUCAAACAUGCGUUCCUUAGCGGAGAUACUGUGCACUCCUCUCAAUGUGGAUGAUGAUUGGGUGAAGAGCUUUCUUAGUGAAUUGAUAGCCGUCAAAGAAUCUAGAGUUCGUGCUUUAAGAUGGUUUCAGGAUUUCAAGCUAUCCAUUGGUAUGGUGGAACAAGGAGAAACACUCUUACAGGAACUGCAGAAAGAGUGUGAAGAGCGGAAAUUGGAGUUGCAACAGCUGAAGCAACUGGUGACUCAGAACCAAAUUGGGCAGAGGACAUUAAAGCAAAGUGUAGAACUUCAGUCAGCAUAUGAACGUGAGCAACAACUGGCGUCGCAUUUAGAGGUGAGGACUGAUGAAUUGGCCCAGCAACUACAACAGAUUCAGCUAAGCAACUCCAACCAAAGGCAGCGCUCCCAUACAUCCUGAUGACUUACUUCUCUGAGUAAUUAUAGUAGUAUACCUUGAUAAAGGGAUUAGUAGUGUUUAAAUAUCCCUCUGUUUCGGAUUUUCUUUGGCUGGAUAAUUGGCAGCAUUGCUUCAAUAAAGCUAUAGACAAUCAAUUUUAGAGCUUCUUUCACAAUA